AUGUCUGCCUCCGAAGAACCUAAGAAGGUGACUGUUACUUUGAUGAGCUCCGACAACGAGAUGUUCGAUGUCGACGAAGCAGUGGCUCGCGAGUUCCAGAUCGUAGCACACAUGAUGGAAGACGGGUGCGCCGAUAAACCAAUACCGCUUGAAAACGUCACCGGAAACAUCCUGGCGCAAGUGAUCGAGUACUGCACGAGGCACGUGGAAGCUGGUUCGGCUGAAGGAAACGAAGAGGCCCAGACGAAGCUCCAGGAGAAGCUCAAGGAGCAGGACGCCGAGUUCGUGAAACAGGAGCCUGCCGAGCUUUUUAAACUCGUUCUCGCUGCUAACUAUCUCAACGUCAAGGGCCUUCUCGAUCUCACUUGCCAGACGAUUGCGGAUCAUAUCAAGGACAAAUCACCGGAGGAGAUUCGCGAGAUUUUUCACAUCGAGAACGAUUUUACACCCGAGGAAGAAGCACAAGUUCGAAAGGAGAAUCAAUGGGCCUUUGAAUGA